ACCCAUUCGGAGGAAUGAGAGAAAGAUACCAGAACAAGAAGAGAGAGAACCCCUGUUCCACACAUUCCUGGGAAAAUGAGAAUUUGUACCAAAAAUUCACACAGCUGCUACUUUUACAAGGACCUCACCCCAGAGGCCGUGAGUCCCUGGUCAGGGGAAGCUGGCAUCACGACAUGGUGGAGAAGCAAGGACGUUUGAUUGAGAUCAGAGACUUAUUUGGCCCAGGUCUGGGAACCCAAGAACCUCGCCUAGUCAUACUGCACGGUGCUGCUGGAAUUGGGAAGUCAACACUGGCCAGGCAGGUGAGGAGGGCUUGUGAGGAAGGCCAGCUGUACAGAGACUGCUUCCAGCAUGUCUUCUACGUCAACUACAGGGAGCUGGCCAAGAAGCUGAGUCUCACUGAGCUCAUCACAAAAGCCUCGGCAGCCUCUCGGGCUCCCCUUGGAGAGAUCCUAUUUAACCCAAAGCAGCUGCUUUUCAUCCUGAAUGGUGUGGAUGAGCCAAGAUUGGUCUUGAAGAAGCAGAGUGCCAAGCACCGUGUGCACUGGAGCCAGUCACGGCUGGCUGGGCACGUGCUGCUGGGCAGUUUGCUGGGGAAAACCAUACUUCCCAAGGCUUCCUUGCUGAUCACCACUCGGACGACAGUUCUGCAGAAGCUCAUUCCUUCUCUGGAGCAGCCACGGUGGGUGGAGGUCCUGGGGUUCUCUGACUCCGGCAGGAAGGAAUAUUUCUACAACUAUUUCACAGAUGAAAGCCAAGCAAUUAGAGCCUUUGGCUUGGUUGAGUCAAACAGAGCAGUCUGGACCCUGUGUCUCGUGCCCUUCGUGUCCUGGCUGGUCUGUUCUUCCCUGAAGCAGCAGAUGGAGCAGGGGGAAGAACUCACACUGACCUCCCAGACAGCCACGGGCCUCUGUCUGCGCCACCUCUCCCAGGCUCUCCCAGCUCAGCCCCUGGGGCCCCAGCUGAGGGGCGUCUGCUCCCUGGCUGCUGAGGGUGUCUGGCAAGGAAAGAGCCUUUUCAGCCCAGAUGACCUCAGGAAGCACGAGUUAGAUGAGGCCAUUAUCACCACUUUCUUGAAGAUGGGUGUUCUUCAAAAGCACCACACCUCUCCGAGCUGCAGCUUCACCCACCUGUGCUUCCAGGAGUUCUUUGCAGCAAUGUCCUGUGCCUUGGGGGAUACGGAGGAGAGAGGUGAACAUCCUAACUGCAUCGGAGUUGUGGAAAAGUUACAAGAAGCAUACAAAAGCCAUGACGUGUUUGGGGCACCAACCACACGUUUCCUAUUCGGCCUUCUAAGUGAGCAGGCGGGGAGAGAGAUGGAGAGCAUCUUCAACCGCCGGCCGUGCCUGGAGAGGAGGCGGGAGCUGCUGCAGUGGGCCGAGGCGGAGGCCCAGGGCCUGCAGGCCCCGCUGCAGCCACGCUCUCUGGAGGUGCUCCACUGUUUGUACGAGACUCAGGAUGAGGAGUUCCUGACACAGGCGAUGGCCCAUUUCCAAGGGACGAGCGUGUGUGUCCAAACGGACGUGGAGCUCCUGGUGUUCACUUUCUGCAUUAAAUUCUGCCACCACGUGAAGAGGCUUCAACUGAAUGAGGGUGGACAGCACAGACCCACGUGGAGGCCCCCUGGGGUAGUCCUGUUGGCCAGCUGUGGCCUCAUGGCCGAGGGCUGCAAGGACCUUGCCUUUGGGCUGAGCGCCACCCAGACCCUGACCGAGCUGGACCUGAGCUUCAACGCGCUCACAGAUGCGGGAGCUGAGCAUCUCUGCCAGGGGCUGAGACAGCUGAGCUGCAGGCUGCAGCGACUGCACCUGGUCAGCUGUGGCCUCACGUCCAGCUGCUGCCAAGACCUGGCCUCUGUGCUCAGCACCAGCCCCAGCCUGGCAGAGCUCGACCUGCAGCAGAACGACCUGGGAGACCUUGGCGUGAGGCUGCUCUGCAAGGGGCUGCGGCAUCCCGCCUGCCAACUCACGUUCCUGAGGCUGGACCAGGCCCCGCAGGGAGAAGAGCUGAGGGAGCACCUGAGGGCCCUACAGGAAGAGAAGCCUCAGCUGCUCAUCUCUGCAAAGAAACAAAAAAAUUUAUACAGAGUUCACUUCCCCGCGUCCGGCUCCUACCUCUGGCCAAACACAGGCCUCUGCUUUGUGGCGAGAGGGGCAGUGACCAUCAAGAUUGAGUUCUGUUCCUGGAACCAGUUCCUGCAUGGGACCAUCCCAUAGCACAGCUGGAUGGUGGCAGGGCCUCUGUUUGACAUCAAGGCUGAGCCGAGAUCCAUGGCAGCUGUAUACCUCCCUCACUUUGUGGACCUCCAAGGGGGCCAUGUGGACAUCUCCCUGUUCCAAGUGGCCCACUUUAAAGACGAGGGGAUGCUCCUGGAGAAGCCAGCCAGAGUGGAGCCACAUUACACCAUCCUGGAAAACCCCAGCUUCUCCCCCACGGGAGUUCUACUGAGAAUGGUCCAUGCUGCCCUGUGCUUCAUUCCUGUGACCCCCACAGUGUUGCUCUACCAUCACCUCCUUCCUGGGGAAGUCACCUUCCACCUCUACCUGAUCCCCAGUGACUGCUCCAUUCAGAAGGCCAUCGAUGACGAAGAAAAGAAGUUCCAGUUUGUGCAAAUACACAAGCCACCCCCGCUGACCUCACUGUAUAUGGGCUCUCGCUACACUGUGUCUGGCUCAGAAAAGCUGGAGAUAAUCCCUGAGGAACUGGAGCUCUGCUAUCGGAGCCCUGAAGAACCCCAGCUGUUCUCUGAGAUCUACAUUGGCCACUUGGGGUCAGGGAUCAGACUGCAACUGAGAGACAAGAAAGAUGGGACUGUGGUAUUGAAGGCCUUGGUGAAACCAGGAGAUCUCAGACCUGCAGCUACUCUGGCCUCUCCAGCCCCCAUAGCCUCAUCUUCAUUCCCGGACACCCCAGCCUUGCUGCACUUCGUGGACCAGUAUCGAGAGCAGCUGGUGGCACGAGUGACAUCAGUGGACCCUGUCUUGGACAAGCUGCAUGGACAGGUGCUCAGCGAGGAGCAGUAUGAGGGGGUGCAGGCUGAGGCCACCAGGCCGGGCCAGAUGCGAAAGCUGUUCAGCUUCAGCCAGUCCUGGGACCAGGCCUGCAAAGAUCGGCUCUACCAAGCCCUGAAAGAGACCCACCCUCACCUCAUCGUGGAGCUCUGGGAGAAGAGGGAUGAUACUGGUGUCCCCCCACUCCUGCUGUCUGCUGUUAAUGCCACCUCCUUCCUCCUGUCGGACCUAUGGACAAAGACGUCCUCCCCGACCUGUUCUGCUGUCAAUGCUACCUGCAUCCUAUGCUGGUACGUGGUCACUGUGGCUGGGAACCUGCUCAUUGUCCUGGCCACAGACACUGACACACGUCUCCACAUCCCCAUGUACUUCUUCCUCACCAGCCCGUCAUGUGCAGACAUCCUUUUCACUUCCACCACCGUGCCUGAGGCCCUGGUGAACAUCCAGACCCAGAGCAGGUCCAUCUCCCACCCAGGGUACGUGGUCACUGUGGCUGGGAACCUGCUCAUUGUCCUGGCCACAGACACUGACACACGUCUCCACAUCCCCAUGUACUUCUUCCUCACCAGCCCGUCAUGUGCAGACAUGCUUUUCACUUCCACCACCGUGCCUGAGGCCCUGGUGAACAUCCAGACCCAGAGCAGGUCCAUCUCCCACCCAGGGUACCUGGCUCAGCUCUACUUCUCCCAGAUCUUUGGACACAUGGACAUCUUUCUCCUGGCCACAGUGACCCAUAACCACCUGCCAUCUUCUCCACUACAUGAUGGCCACACCCCACCCUGGCUCCAGCACUGCACCUGUUAA